GAACCGUCCUGCAAGACCAAGAAGAGAGCGCGAAGAAUUCGAUUGGUUUACACUAGCUCGUUAAAGGAUAUUGGAUAAGAAGGCGGUAAUUAACAACGUAGGCGUCACAUUGCAUUUUCUGGCAUUCAGUUACCCCAAUGGCCAAGUACUUGGUCCAACUAAUUGUGUCUGGAGCUAGAGUCUUAGGCCGUGCAUUCGCUCAAGCAGUUAAAGAAGAGUAUGUGACAAGCCAAACAGCAGCCAAUGCUCGUCGAUCCAAUUCAUCCAGUGACACUAGUCAAAACACCUACGUACAAAAUGCUGGAAUAUCGUUAGACGAGGCAAAACAAAUAUUGAAUGUUAAAGAUAUACAUGAUAUGAAUGCUCUGAAUAAGAAUUACGAACACCUUUUUUCUUCAAAUGCUAAAGAGAAAGGUGGAUCGCUGUACUUACAGUCAAAGCCAUGUUUCUCAGAUUGUUUGCAAAAAAUCUAAGGUGACGGUUUUCAACAAAUGAGCGGGUUUCAAAGUUUUCUGUCUCAGUGUGCUUUCAGAUAGAGGUAGAAACACUACUGAAAUCCAGCAACAAAGUCUGCUACACGUCCAUGCUGCUUUAACACUUCAUAACACAAGCUGUUUGCACAUAACAGAAGGGUUUGAAUGAAAGUCCACCAAUCUAUCAGGAACAGUACGUGUUCUUGAGAUGGUUUUUUAUUUCCAUCUCUAGUUUUUUUUUCUUUUCAUCAGAUGUUACUUAGCUCAUUGCAGUUACGGAAAUCAUUUCUUGCUCUUCUUCAUAAAGCACCAGUUUUUUCAAUUUAUCAUAUUCGUUAGAUAUUCUUUUAGAAUUUAUUUACCUCAUUAAAAGAGAGUGAAUUUAAAUGUGUGGUCAGUAAAGUCAUUAAUUAACAGAACGAUGAAAUUGAAGCAAUAGGAAAGGACUAAUUGUGCUGCAAGCAAUGCUGGUGUUUAUAACGGCUUUCAGUCGUUCUGUCUAUUUUCAUCGAUAUAGAGAUGUAAUUCUGAUCAAAAAGAAGUGUGUAUAGGACGAUUGGGUUUCCAUUUCAUAACUCAACUUACAGCAGUCUGACUCUAGUUGUCGUUACGGUUUUUGUGUUGAGUAACUUCAUUUAUAGUUUUACUGGGUACGUUUUACAGAGAUGAGGAUUUUUUCUACUAAUGAAACAACCACUUCAAAAACUAUUGAAUCAAAUCAAAUCUUAUGGUCUUGUUAUUUGUUUCCUCAGAAUUAUGUGGCUCUAAUAUAUCUCUAGAGAUAAAUUAGAAUUGUGAUGCUUCACACUAAGCAUCUUAUCCAUGAACUAACUAACAGGUUGUACUAAUUUUAGCAGUCGGAAUUCCUAACCUUAGUAGACUGGUGCCUAAUGUUCUUAUCGAGCACAUGGUUUACUCUGAAAGUUUCAAUCCACAUUUUUGACCUCAGGAGUUAAUGUUGAAUUCAGUGCCAGAGAGAAGUGUAGGACUCCUGGAUACGAUCCAAUAGACAACUUAAACUAGUUGCUAUGUUGAUCGUUUCUUUCUGUCAGUCUAGCAUUCCAUUUUCUUCGAUGACCGAUCAAGUGGUAUCGUUUUUUCUCUCGUCAGCAACAAGUUUGACGCAUUUAUGAGGUCGUUAGUGAGUUAUUUACCAAUUCAUAAUGCUUUUCAUUUCCUAUGUAGUACAAUCUGCAGGUUUGUGGAGAUGUAGUAAUUAAUUUCAGGUUGGAAUUCAUGGACUGACAUCAGUUGGAAGAACACUGGAAACCUGAAAGCACUGGACAACUGUUUCGUCCUAGUAUGGGACUCCUCAGCAAGACGCUCCAUGACUCCGCCAGGGAUCAAACCCUGGACCUCCAGGUUACGCGGUCAGCACCUUACCAUUAAACCAUAAGUGUUCUAUAGAUGUCUUUUUUUGCAUAGAAAACAACUGUACGUUAUCAUUGUUAGUACCGGAAAAUUGGCUAGUGUUAAUUUUUUUUUUCUGGUUAAUUUUCUCUUGCAUGUAGGUGUUUCGAGCAAAAGAACGUAUUGAUGAAGAGUUACAGAUUGAACAAUAUGAACGGCGGCGAAAAUCAGACAAUAAAGAUAAUCAAGCUGGGACUUGACUUCAUGUAGAGGAUAAAGAUUUCUUUUUGUUAGAAAUCUUUUCUUUUAGUAUAAAUUUACAGACCAGUCAGUAUGACAUCUGUUUUCCGAGUAAUUCACUUAAAUAAGAUCGUUGUACAGUAUUAACUAUAGAGGAAUAAAUAAGUUAUUUGACUCA